CCGCGGGCCCAUCUUCCGGAUCUGGAUUCGCCAAUGAAACGCCGCAGGGUCCGGCGUCCGCUCACAACCCCAACCACCCGCAUACCUGGACAGAUGGGUUGGACGACUGCGACUCAUCAUGCCGGCAGCACUGCACUGACGACAAAAUUCUGACAUUGAUCCCGAUCUUCCCUGGCUGCCAAGUGAUGCCGUCCUCUGACUGGCCAAUCGAUUUUCUGUCCAAAUGUCCUGAUGUCAGCCUGUCAGAAUUUCUCUGUCUAUCUGCCUCCUGCGACCCGACCUUCAGACAGGGAUGGUAGAGCCUGGUGUUACACUCGAAGGCAGGGGCAGGGAUGUGCGUGUCUUGAAAGAAAACGAAAGCACUUUACGCGGAAGUGCCGCGGUGGCGCGUCGCCUCGUCCUUCAACCCACCCUCCUCGCCGAGUCGGAGCCCAGUCCCUUUUGUUGAGUUCCCCAAUUGUGCGGAUGACCAGGCAACCAUUGCCGUGGCAGCCAUCGCAGGGGGGUCAAUCCUGGGUUGAUCAAAAACAAGACAUAGGAGAAAAGAAUGCAAGGAAAAGGAGGUCUUGGUGGCGCUUUCAUGCUUUUUCAUGCAUCUGGCUCCCUUUUUGGAGGGGGCAAGACUGCUUUUUGGACUGCUCAAUAGAGAGACACAAACGAUAAGCUAUCACAAUCGCAAUCAAUCGCCUUGCUUUCUUCUGGCCCAAGGAGCACCGGUCAAAUAAUGCAAGCUUCUGCUCCCUUCUCUGAUACUCCCCACCCAAAGCCAGC